CACUCAGAUGUAAACAAACCUUGGCGAAGAAAGGUACCGCUAACUAAACGGACCUACCCGCCUAUACAGACGUUUGAUAUGGCAGCCCACGCCCUUCUAGCCACACUCCUCACCCACGCAUUGGUCACCCACGCCGCCCCACAAGGCUUUCAGACAGAGGUUCCCUACUACGACUACUUCAACUACGAUUACAACGCAGACAUAGAGGCCCAAGAGGCGCUGCUGGCUGAGACCACUAACACGCCAGCUGCACUCCACCACCUCGACCCCUUGUCUGAAGUGUCUCUGGAGGAAGGGGAGGAGAGAGAGAGAGAGCCUCCGUCAGUGAGCGCCCAGGAGAGAGGGGGAGGCCACUACACCACCCCCACCGCCCCCCCAGCUGUUCUACCACCGCGGGACCCCUUAGCUGACGCUCGAGCAAUGGCAAAGCUGAACAUUAUGGAGCGAAUUCUAAUAGCACUUGGCCCGCCCUUUGGAGAGAAGCUGCCGAAAGCCCCUACCAGUGACACCCUAGCGACUGUGCAGACACCCAUUAAUAUUACCACUGAACCCUGCCCCAACAAAUACAAGCGGUGUUCCUCCCAAACCUUCUUCCCUUCGUGCGACAUCCCACGCAACACGGCUCCGGAGAUAUGGCCUCAAAUGUUCAACCUUUACUUCAACCUGUCUGAGAACUUCGACAAUAAGCUGGAUAUCAUCAACGCCACUCUUCGCCUCUACAAGAACAACUCCUUGCCUAUCCAGGGCGUGACCAAGCUCCUCAUCAAAGCCCACGUCUACACCAGAAGCCUCACUAGAAGAAGAAACCGCACUAAGCUCCUCGCUGAGACACAGGUAACUAGUGACUACAUCGGCUGGGUGACUCUCUCGGUGACUGACAUCGUGAAGCGCUGGAAGAGGCACAAGAACAACCACGGAGUUAAGAUCACAGUGAACGACGUGCGGAACAGACCUUGGGACGCCCCGAGUAUCUUUGUCACGAUGGACUGCGCCGCGGGUUUAGUACCACUGCCAUUUGAAGUACAGACAGAACAAGAGGGGCAGCAGUACCCAGCCUUGAACGUUCGCCUCGGAAGUCCUGACGAUGAACCAGACACAGCCAUGCCGUCCUCUGCUCCUAUCGCCGCCACGCCCUCCACCAAGCAAGUCCCGCCCCCGCCUUCCCCCACCAUGCAGGGAGACGACCCGGCGCCCCUCUACGAGUACAACUACGAGAGUGAUGUGGAGGAGGAGGAGAAUAAGGAGAGGCAGACAGAAGGGAGCGAUCCUCUACAACCUUCAUUCCAACCACCUUCAGGUUUCCAAGAUGGUCAGACUGAGCCACCAGCCUUCCGUUAUCAAAGUUCUACUGAAGCGCCCACACCGCCCACCACGCCCCCCACGCCCACCUACCGCCUCUCCCAGCACACUACCCCCUUUCCCUCGCCCACCCCACCCAUGGUCAGAUCCAGGGGUUCCUCUCGAAGGCGCGGCACCUCCCGGGACAUGAGGCAUCGUAGGAAACACAGGGGAGGCCAUCGCAGGGUGUAAAUGAUCGCGUCGUCUUCCUCCUCCUCCUCCUCCUCUUCUUCCUCCUCUUCCUCUUGCUAUCAGUACACCUCACCCCCUGUACAUACCCCCCCACCCCUCCAGGACCUCUCCCUCUCCCUCCCACGCCCAUGCACCCACCGCUAUUUAUAAAAGAGAGAGAGAGAGAGAGAGAGAGAGAGAGAGAGAGAGAGAGAGAGAGAGAGAGAGAGAGAGAGAGAGAGAGAGAGAGAGAGACACACACACACACACACACACGAGACAGAGGCAGAGAGAGAGAGAGAGAGAGAGAGAGAGAGAGAGAGAGAGAGAGAGAGAGAGAGAGAGAGAGAGAGAGAGAGAGAGAAUCGUAGAUCUGUGUACAAAGUGAAAUAUUUCGUGUGUGUGUGUGUGUGUGUGUGUGUGUGUGUGUGUGUGUGUGUGUGUGUGUGUGUGUGUGUGUGUGUGUGUGUGUGUGU